GACACUGUCAGAAGCCUAUGACCAGUCAGUCAGAUUAGCAUUGAACAAGUGACGUUUCAGGAUAUGUACAUAUUUGUAAAAUAACCGGAUAGGGCAUUUAUGCCUUGCUUUGAGGAGUUUAACAAUGCUACACAAGCAUAUGUCACCCAAGAGUUUGAGUUGUCUCGCCACGUUGUCGUUGCACGCUGUCGUGGCUGCAUUGCAUUAGCUAGCUACUACUAGUGGACAGAUCUUGAGCGAGUUGCAUCAGCAAGAGGAGAAAAUCUGUCCGGGGUCGGGUUACGCUGGUGGAGUUAAGCUAAUGCUAGCUGUGGAGCCCCAAAAGUAAAUCGCGAGCAACACACCCUACUACCAAAAUAAGCUGAAACUAGCCCUAAUUGGACAGAGCUUGUUUGGGCAGGAGGUGUACUCCAGCCUACGAAAACAAGGCCACAAGGUGGUGGGCGUGUUCACAGUUCCAGAUAAGGAUGGCAAGGCAGACCCUCUGGCGUUGGUGGCGGAAAAGGACGGCACGCCGGUGUUCAAGUUCCCGCGCUGGCGCGUGAAGGGCAAGCCCAUCCCCGAGGUGGUGGAGGCCUACAAGGCAGUGGGCGCCGAUCUGAACGUCAUGCCCUUCUGCUCACAGUUCAUCCCCAUGAACGUCAUCGACCACCCCAAGCACGGCUCCAUCAUCUACCACCCCUCUAUCCUGCCCAAACACAGGGGUGCAUCUGCUAUUAACUGGACUCUGAUCGAGGGGGAUAAGAAGGCCGGCUUCUCCAUUUUCUGGGCUGACGAUGGGCUGGACACAGGCCCCAUCCUGCUGCAGAAGGAGUGUGACGUGGAGGCCAACGACACCGUGGACAGCAUUUACAACCGCUUCCUCUACCCCGAGGGCAUCAAGGCCAUGGUGGAGUCUGUGAAUCUGAUUGCAGAUGGGAAAGCACCUCGGAUUACCCAACCAGAGGAAGGAGCCUCAUACGAAGGGAUCCAGAAGAAGUCCAACUCCAAGGUGAAUCUGGCCCAGCCAGCUGAGGCCAUCCACAACUGGAUCCGCGGUCAUGACAAAGUCCCUGGAGCCUGGACUGUCAUUGAUGGACAGACGGUGACUCUGUAUGGCUCGUCUCGGCUGGGUGAUGUGGUGCCUAAGGGCCAACCUCUGGAGGUGGAAGGGGCCGCCCAGCCCGGGCUCAUCACCAGCGGGGGCCUUGUGCUGUUUGGAACCGACGGCAAAGCAGUCCAAGUGAAGAACCUGCAGUUCGAGGAUGGGAAGAUGAUUGCUGCCUCCAAGUACUUUUCCUCUGGAGAGAGCAGCAGCGUGGAGCUCACAGACGAGGAGAAGAAGAUGGCUGAGGAGAUCCGGGCCAUCUGGAAGGGCAUCUUGAGUAACGUCUCUGCCAUUGAGGACACAACAGAUUUCUUCAAGUCUGGGGCGGCCUCUAUGGACGUGGUGAGGUUGGUGGAGGAAAUGAAGCAGAAGUGUGGAGGUGUGGAGCUGCAGACUGAGGACGUGUACAUGGCCACCACCUUCCAGGACUUCAUCCAGAUGUUUGUGCGCCGUUUCAGAGGGGAGGACCAGGAGGAGGAGAUGGUUAUCGAUUAUGCAAUUAAAGACGUCAACAACAUGACUGUGAAGAUGCCUACCCAGUGUUUUAUCAACGGCAAGUUUGAUGACGCAGAGAACGGCAAGACCAGUGACACCAUCAACCCUACAGAUGGCUCUUUGAUCUGUAAGGUGGCACAUGCCUCCGUGGGUGAUGUGGACAGGGCCGUGGCAGCAGCCAAGGACGCCUUCGAGACGGGACCAUGGGGCAGAAUGAACCACCGUGACCGUGGCAGACUGCUCUACAACCUUGCAGACCUGAUGGAGCAGCACCAAGAGGAACUGGCCACCAUUGAAUCCAUGGACUCCGGCGCCGUGUACACACUGGCCCUCAAAACACACGUAGGGAUGUCCAUCCAGACAUUUCGAUACUUCGCUGGCUGGUGCGACAAAAUUCAGGGCACGACGAUCCCCAUCAAUCAGGCCAGGCCCAAUCGCAACCUGACCUUCACAAAGAAAGAGCCCCUGGGCGUGUGCGCUAUAAUUAUCCCGUGGAAUUACCCCCUUAUGAUGCUGGCGUGGAAGAGUGCCGCCUGUCUAGCCGCUGGGAAUACCCUUGUCCUGAAACCUGCUCAGGUCACCCCUCUGACGGCGCUGAAGUUUGCUGAGCUGGCUGCCAAAGCUGGCAUCCCCAAAGGCGUCAUCAACAUUGUGCCUGGCUCAGGGGGCAUGGUUGGCCAGAGGUUGGCAGAUCAUCCUGACAUCCGUAAACUGGGCUUCACUGGCUCCACUCCCAUUGGCAAACAGAUCAUGAAGAGCUGUGCGGUCAGUAACCUGAAGAAGGUGUCUCUGGAGCUGGGCGGGAAAUCCCCCCUCAUCAUCUUCAGCGACUGUGACAUGGACAAGGCUGUGCGCAUGGGGAUGAGCUCUGUGUACUUCAACAAGGGGGAGAACUGCAUCGCUGCAGGGCGCCUGUUUGUAGAGGAGUCCAUCCAUGAUGAGUACAUCAGCAGAGUGGUGGAAGAGGUCAAGAAGAUGAAGGUCGGCGACCCCCUGGAUCGGUCCACAGACCACGGCCCCCAGAACCACAAAGCCCAUCUGGACAAGCUGGUGGAGUACUGCGACAUCGGCGUCAAGGAAGGGGCCACGCUUGUGUACGGGGGCCGACAGGUGCCAAGGCCAGGCUUUUUCAUGGAGCCCACAGUGUUCACCGAUGUGGAGGAUCACAUGUUCAUUGCCAAAGAAGAAUCCUUUGGACCAGUCAUGGUGGUGUCUAAGUUCAAGAACGGAGACGUCGAUGGCGUGUUGAGCCGAGCCAAUGACACGGAGUUUGGCCUGGCCUCAGGAGUGUUCACGCGGGACAUCAACAAGGCCAUGUACGUGAGCGAGAGGCUGGACGCAGGGACCGUCUUCAUCAACACCUACAACAAGACGGAUGUGGCUUCACCGUUUGGCGGCUUUAAGCAGUCCGGCUUUGGGAAGGACCUCGGGGAGGAAGCUCUUCAUGAAUACCUCAGGACCAAAGCAGUGACUGUGGAGUACUGAGCCCCGCUUCCUCUAUGAACUUUCUAUGGUGGCAAAUCAGUCAUGCUGGUUGGACCUGCUGGCAGUUGAUCUAGCAUCUCGGCUCUGGCUUGGCUUGGCUAGGCUAAUGGCUUGCGUUCAAGCUGUGUGAAAAGCUUAGUCUGCAACGACUAUGUUGAUGUGCCUACACCUUUUUUUAAGAAGAAAAAAAACAAACAUUCUUUAGGGAAGCCUCUGUUCUGUUCAAGGAACUAUUUUCUGCUUUUUCCUUCUCAUCCCAAACCACGUUGGAGCUAAUCAGCUCUUUCAAAUCUGAUGCUAUAAAAAACUUGGCUGGUCUGGAUGUGUCAUCAUGUUGCAAGAUACGUUUUGUAAAAAAAAAAGAGUAGUUUUUUUUUUAACGGACUGUUCCCAUACAAUGUAAACAUCACCUUGGAUUUUAAUAUAUUUUCAAAUGUAUAUUUGACAUUUUAUGUAGUCAUUUGUUGGCUUUUAAAGACAGAAAUAUCAGAUGUUUGAAGAAAUCAGGGUUUUACAGUUUAGACUCACUUUAGUAGUACAGGCCCCUUACAUUUAAGUGUUUUUUACUGAAAUCAAGUAUUUACAAAUAUUUUAUUUGAGGAGAAUAGAUGCUGCAGUCUAGUGAUGGCAGAGAGUAUCAUGCCCAACUGAUUAUGUGAUGAGAAAAAUUAUGCCAUGUACUAGGUAUCUCAUCUGUGACAUUGCAACAAUUGCAGAGAUUUAAAAGGCAGUUUUGCAACAGUGAGAUAGGAAGUCACAGUUGCAAGAGCUGAAGUUAGAAUAGCAAGAAAUAAGUCUCAAUGAUAUGAUGUGUAGCAUCGGUUAUCCCUCUCAUUAAUUCAAUUCAAUAGAAAAAGGUCAUGUGAACAAUACUAAUAUGUCAACAUAUUACCCCUAUAUCAUGCACCAUUCAUUUUUUUCUUUCUUUAUAUAACUUUAAGUCUACCUCGUUAAUUUUAAAGGGACAUUUUAAAUGGCUUAAUACAUAAUGUAAUUUUCCAUUUGAACUUAACGAUGACAAUGUGAGUAUAAAAAGAUGCCUCAUGCUAUACCUUCCAAUUGUGGCAGUAUAUCAUAAGAGUGACAAACAAAAGAGCACAAGAGAUAUUCUCAAUUAUAAGAUUACAUUUUAACACCAGGCCACAACCACGUGAUGUAUGUAUGCCAUCACAGAAUAUCACCUCACACUUGGCACUAGUUAAUACAGAGAUAUUACGUGUUUUUUUUUGUUUUUUUUAGUAUGAGGUAGGAAAGAAGAUCCAAACAAAACUGUUAUGAGGACUUCAGUUUUGGAUGUCAAAUAAAAUAUUUGGCCAUUCUGUUAAAAUGGCGUGGAUUCUAAAGUCAAGUGAAUUCCAAAUGCAUGGCUUUUAUACCCACUUUGGAAUGGAAUGUAUUUCUCUUUAAAUUACCAUGUUUUAUCAAACCAUUUUAAAGUAUUACCACAAUCCCAAUGUUCUAUUUCACUGUGCUUGCUUAUACAUCUGGUCUAUAUGUUUUUAGCACUGCAUUUCAGAUCUGAAGACUCCUUUGUAAUAAAGCUCCACCAGACCACAGAGAUGCACACCAUCAGAGACAAA